UGCCAUCACAAGUUUUCUAUCUAUGAUCUAAAUACUAAUGAAGCCUCACCACAAUCACAUCGCAUUCUCACAUUGACAAUUAUACAUCAUGCUACCAACACCAGACACUUCGCACGUCCCAUAUGAGCGAGUCUACGAACCUGCUGAGGACUCAUACCUCCUCUUGGACACGCUCUCAUCAGCUGCAGAGACCGAGUAUCUCCAAAAAGCGUUUCCCGACAUAGCGCCGCUCGUGGUGGAGGUCGGCACAGGCUCAGGCGUCGUCCUCGCCUUUGUCCACGCACAUGCGCAAAAGCUUUUUGGCACACGUGAGGUCCUGACUGCGGGAGUUGACAUGAACGCCUUUGCAUGCCGGGCUACAGUCGGAACAGUUGCAAAGGCAGCCUGUGACAACCCCGACUCACAUGCAUUUUAUCUGGGUUCAUGUAUGGGAGAUCUCACAACUCCAUGGCGCAAGGGCACCAUCGACGUCCUCAUCUUCAACCCGCCAUAUGUGCCCACGCCUGAGAUGCCUGCCAGACCAGACUCGUUUACCGCAGACGACCUCGCAGUCAGCACAAAGCCUUCGUUUGACGACGAUUCGUAUCUGCUGGCCUUAUCUUAUGCAGGCGGCUUAGAUGGUAUGGAGACAACAGACAGACUGAUCGAGGCACUACCCCAAACCCUGUCCCGACGCGGCUGUGCCUACCUCCUUCUCUGCGCUCAGAACAAGCCAGAUCGAGUCAAGAGUCGCAUUGAGGGAUUUGGGCCUGAAUGGCAGGCUCAAACUGUUGGGAACAGCGGCAAACAGGCCGGAUGGGAGAAGCUGCAGAUCGUACGGAUAUGGCGAGACUAUUCAAAAGCCGUAGAAUAAAAAAAAGGUUGCGGUGGAAUUGGGGUGUGUGAGAGCAUAUAUUCAGAUAUCUUUCCAAAACAAGAAAAGCGAUACCCACCCCACGCGGGUUCAUACAGUUUUAAUGGCCAAACAACCCGAACGCCAGG